AUGGUCCACUUCUUGCACUCAUUGCUGUGGCCGCGGUCCCUCGUCCUGCCCGACGCCCAGCAGGACGCGCAGGGCCACCGCUUGGUGCAGGAGGAGGCAUCACCCUACUCUUUGGUCAACAUCUGUCUGGAUAUCUUAAUCGCAGAAUUGGAUAAAUGGUGUUCUAAAAGACCUGAUGGAACAUUGUGUCUUCCAGAGCAUUGGUAUUUCCCUCAUGAAAUAGCUGAUAAAUUCCUUGAGAGGAUGGCUUGGCAAGGCAGGCUGACUGACAGGACAGCAAGCAUUUUCCAAGGCCAGCAGAUGAACCUGAAGCUGAUAAGUAUUCAGAGAGUUAAACUCUCCGCAGCAGCCUUCACGAAAGCCUUCUGCCAUCACAAACUCAUUGAAGUGGAUGCCACCUCGGUGGACUCCGACCUCCUAGCCUCAGACAUCAUCCAUGCUCUCCAGAGCAGUGCCUGGAUCCAGAAAAACCUUCAGUGUCUUAUGUUAGACUCAGUUAGCGUCCCUCCGAACUCUAGACUACUGGCCUUAAGUCAGUUCACUGGCCUUCACACUUUAAGCGUCGCCAAUGUGUCCUUUUACAAUGAAGACCUAGCUAGCGUCUCUCAGUUACCGAAACUGGAAAGCUUGGAUAUCUCCAAUACUCUGGUCACCAACAUCUCUGCACUCCUCUGCUGUAAGAACCGGCUCAGAUCUCUCACGAUGCACUAUCUGAAGUGCCUGGCCAUGAACAACCCACAGAUUCUCACAGUUAUCAGACAACUGAAAUGCCUCCUUCACCUUGAUAUUUCUGAUCAUAGGCAGCUCAGAUCAGACCUGGCUUUUUAUCUGUUACAGCAGAAGGACAUCCUACCCAACCUCAUAUCCCUGGAUAUUUCAGGGGCCACCGACAUCACUGAUCAAGCCGUGGAAUCCUUUCUGCAGUCUCGACCUGCGAUGCAAUUUGUGGGACUCUUGUAUACAGAUGCUGGUUAUUCUGAUUUCUUUAUGGCAAAGCAAGGUUUGAAGGUUGCCGGAGGAGCCAACAUGAGUCAGAUUUCUGAAGCACUGAGUCGGUACAGGAACAGGUCGUGUUUUGUGAAGGAAGCUCUCUACAGGCUCUUCACGGAAACCCUUUCCCUGCGUGCCAUCCUGCCCACCAUGCUGAAGCUUGUGGCUAUAGGAAUGAGGAAUCAUCCGUUGAAUCUGCCAGUGCAAUUCACAGCCAGUGCUUGUGCUCUCAACCUCACCCAGCAGGGCCUGGCUAGGGGAAUGCCUGUCCGUCUGUUGUCAGAGAUCACCUAUCUACUUUUCAAAGCAACGAAAAAUUUCCCCUACUACCAACAGCUACAGAAGAAUUGCCUUCUCUCCUUGACCAGUUCCAGGAUUCUUAUAGAUGUCCCUUUUGACAGCUUUGAUGCUGCCAAGCUUGUUCUGAGGUGGGUGUGCCAGCGUGAGAACCCCAAGAUGCAAACAGUGGCCGUGAACAUCUCCUCCAUCCUCGCCCUGAAGCUCUUACCUGAGGAGAUGGAACAGCUUCAGGAAGAGCUCAUUGUGGCAGUCAAGGAACUUCUAACAAUUAUCAGACAAAAGAUGGCUGAGAAUUUAGAUGAUGUCACCUUGUUUACUCUGAAAGCACUUUGGAAUCUUACAGAUGAGUGUCCAUUGGCCUGCAAGUACUUUGUUGAAAAUGAAGGAUUAGCUACCAUCAUCCGAGUCCUAGAGACGUUUUCAGUGUCUGCGAUACAAAGCAAAGUACUUGGUCUUUUGAACAAUGUAGCUGAGGUCAGAGAGCUCUGUCCUCCGAUGGUGACAGAAGAACAGUUGAUGGAACACAUCGUCAGAUUGCUCCACAGCAGCAACAUAGAAGUGAGCUUCCUGGCUGCAGGUGUCCUAGCCCACCUGACCUGUGACAGACAGCACUGGCUCUCCCGUGACCUGCAAAGGACUGAUCUUCUCCAGGACUUGCACUUAACCAUGCAGACCUGGCCAAGUUCACGGUGUGACAUGUCAGCCUUGGUGACCUACAGAUCUUUCAAAGCAUUUUCCCCACUCCUUGUCAACUUCUCUCAGCCAGAAGUUCAGCGCUGGGCACUGUGGGCCAUACAUCAUGUUUGCAGUAAAAACCCUAGCAAAUACUGCAAACUGUUGGUAGAAGGAGGAGGACUACAGCUCAUGUACAACAUCCAGGAGCACGGUCAGGCCAGCCCCCAAGUGAGGCAGAUGGUGUCCUCCAUCCUGGAGGAGUUCAGGAUGCACUUCACGAGCUACCGGAGACCUCCACAACCCCAGUGCCCUUGUUGA